AUGAACAAAUACUGGAUCCCCCAUCUCGACAUCCACAAAAAGGUCAUAACAACGGAACUUCAGUAUUACUUGGGACCGGAGGCAACAGUUCGACCGUUCACACGAGACGGCGAAGAUGGAUUCCUCAUCCAAACGCCAGGACCUUGCCUGUCAGAUGAGCAAAUCGACGACAUUUGCAUAAAAUCCAAGGAAAUGUGGGAGAGGCAAGCCGCAAGCAGAGCUUCGACAGGCUCUGAAGGCAAAAAACCUCUCAAGCGGCCACUGCACCAACCGGUGGUGAUCUCCAAGGGGAGCUCGAGCCGUCGAAGGCACGACGACCCACGGAGAGACUCCAAUCGAGGGUACGAUGAUCGCCGAUGA